CUCAGUUUAGGGCAUAACACAUGCACAUCUUAUCACAGCUAGCUCGAGAAGAUGCAGUCCGUAGCCCUAUCGACCACCGGACGCCAUGCCGUGCGUGCCAAGGCAAUCGCACCCGCCUUUGCUGCUGUGCGAGGGUACGCUAUCCAGUCCGAUCAGUAUGACCAGACAAUCAACAACCUGAAGAUUGGCAACCACACCAAGCUACUGGUUCAGGGUUUCACCGGCAAAAUGGGCACCUUCCACUCCGAGCAAGCCAUUGCCUACGGCACCAACGUAGUAGGAGGCACCAACCCUAAGAAGGCUGGCUCCACUCACCUGGGUCAACCCGUGUUUGCAUCUGUGGCCGAGGGUAUUAAAGCGACUGGUGCCAAUGCGUCGGUCAUCUACGUGCCCCCUCCAGCGGCUGCCGCGGCCAUUCUCGAGGCUGUGGAGGCUGAGGUUGGACUAGUGGUCUGCAUCACUGAAGGUCUUCCUCAGCAGGAUAUGGUGCGUGUUAAGCAGGCGCUACUGACACAGAACAAGACCCGUCUGGUAGGCCCCAACUGCCCCGGAGUCAUCAUGCCUGGCCAGUGCAAGAUCGGCAUUAUGCCAGGCCACAUCCACCAGGCCGGAAAGAUCGGUGUCGUGUCCAGAUCCGGUACGCUCACGUACGAGGCAGUGGCCCAGACCACAGCCACCAACCUAGGCCAGACCCUGUGUGUAGGUAUCGGCGGCGACCCUUUCAACGGCACCAACUUCAUCGACUGUCUCAAGGUGUUCCUGGAAGAUGACCAGACCGAGGGUGUGAUCAUGAUCGGUGAGAUUGGUGGGUCGGCUGAGGAGGAGGCGUCUGAGUACAUCAAGGAGUUCAACCUGUCACGCAAGAACCCUAAGCCUAUUGUCUCGUUUAUCGCCGGCCGCACGGCCCCUCCCGGACGACGAAUGGGACAUGCUGGUGCCAUUGUGUCGGGUGGUAAGGGUGGUGCUGAUGACAAGAUCAAGGCUCUGCGAGACGCAGGUGUGGUGGUAGUGGACUCGCCGGCCAAGAUGGGCGUCACUCUACUGGAGCAGAUGAAGAACCUUGGACUGGCUUAAGCAACACGCACAGGCCACAGAAGUAGUUUAGUAGCGUAGUCAAUCGCAUUAAAGCAAUACCGUCACUCCGUUAUCUUAUGCGGGUUAAAGUUGGA